UAACAGAAAGUGAAAGUAGAAGGAAGAUGUCCUUUUGUGGUUGGUUUUCUGGUGAAAAGUAUAGAGAUCAUUUUGAUAGAGGAGUUUAUGCAUGUGCAAAGUGUAACAACCAUUUAUUUAGCAGUGUAUCAAAAUUUGAACAUUCCUCACCAUGGCCAGCCUUCAACAAACUCAUAAGGGAGGACUCUGUACAGAGAAUUACAGAGACCAAAACAGCAAUAAAGAUAUUAUGUGGUAAAUGUGGAAAUGGUCUCGGACAUGAAUUCCUUGGUGAUGGACCAAAACAGGGACAACACCGUUACUGAAUAUUCAGUGAGUCUCUCGUCUUCAUUUCUCAUGACAAGAUGAGAGACAUACCUGUUACUGAAUCCUAAAAAGAUUAUAUUAUUCUGAAGCUAGCUCAAAACCAAGAUGUCAUCAUUCCAUCAUAUUAACAAACUUAGUCCAGCAAAUGAAUUCUUCUGGUAGAAAGUCAUCUUUCUAAACAACUUACAACUUAAUUGUUAUUUUUUACUAUCUUGUAUGUUUUGAAGACUCUAUGUUGUCCACUUGAUGUCUUUUGGUUAUUUGUUUUAGUUGGUUUUUGUCUAAUUGAUUUAUGUUCCACACACCCCCUUUUUCAUGUCAGUUGACAUUUUUAUGGUCAUGUGUCUAUUUAGACAGUCUCUGAAAGGAAUUUUAUUUGAUAAUUGAAAAAAUAGAAAACUUAAGAAUACAAUUACAUGGUAUUUUUUCUUUUUAUACAUUUACACACUAAAAUGCAGGAAGAAAAGUGACACAACAUAUAUCGCCUUUUAGUCUUGUUUAGAGGGUAUAGACAUUGUUAUGGUUACAAUGGAAGAUUUUAGUUUUCUGUGUGUUAUGUAUAUUUACUUGACUUUUAUUCAUGUAAAACUUUUCUUUCAGGGGCAAAAACUAUGUCACGAAACUGUGAUUUCAUAAAAAUAUUAGCACUUCUGGUCAUUUGUGCAUAAAUGAGCAACACCUAAGCAAAAGAAUUUUUAAGAUGUAAGCCCUUAUUGUCUAUUAACAAGCUUUUAUCAGCAGAGUUGAAAGUUGAAAUGUUUUACCUUAAUUCAAUUUGCUGUUAUGUCUUUAUUCUUUCAGUACUAUUUCUCAAUAAAUUUAAAAUGGAAAAAAUCAGUGUUUAUAAAAUAUAAGGAUUGGGAUAUUCAAUAAGAUUUUUGCCUUUUGAUGAGUUUUACAUGGCAAUAAAAAUGAUAAUAUGACAUUGCAUUUCCACAACAAUUGUACACAUAUUUACAUGUUAUUUUAAAUGUGAAUUUCAAAUGAUGACUUUACAUACAGUUUUACAUAUAUUAUUUGAUUGAUGAUAUGGUUAGUGAUUACCAGUUUCAAGCAUUUGUAUAAGAUUUUUACUUAUGAGAGAAAUUUGAUUGAUGUGCUUCCAUAGCAACCAAAGAUACAAUAAUUUAAAAUUAAAUAUCUUUUUAUUAUUAUUUAAGUGUCAUUGUUCUAGGGAUUAUCAUUUUUUAUUUUAUUUUGACUGAAAAUUUUAUUACAUGACCGUGAGCUAUUUAGACACCAUGUUAUUGCAGUAGUUUGAAAAUGAUGUAUGAUUUCGUUGACGACUAUUGUUGUAUUUAAGAUAUUUAAUUCAAUUUUAUAAAUAAUUUCACUUGUUUGAAGUUAAGCACAUUUUCUUCGACCUAUAUAUGUGGGUUGUUGAUAUGAGUAUAUGUUUAUCUUGGGUGAUAGGGAUUAACAUAAUCCUAUUUAUGGUGAAUAAUAACAGUGUUUUAAUAGAAAUAUCAUUGUAGGUGACAAUGAAUCACAAAAUCCUUUAUUAAACAUAUCAUUGUGUGUGAUUAUUAAUAACAACAUUCUUUUUGUCAGAAAACCUGCUGUUCUUUACUCUUUUUAUGAAUGACCUCUACUCUGUAUAAAUGACCUUUACUCUGUUUAUGGAUGACCUUUACCGUGUUUAUGAAUGACCUUUUGAUUUUGAGCUAGCCUAGGUAGAUGAUACACCAUUGAUGAUUCGAGGCAUUUUAGUAAAUGAAGUAUAUAUGAAGUUGUCAGGCCACAGUCCACAUGGAAAAGCUAGACAAUGGAAAACUCCUCUCUUCUACUGAUCUGACUAGAACCUUCAUAUGUUGUGUUGCCAAAGAAACACUUUUUUAACUGAUUUGACUAUAAUCGUGGUAUGUUACGUUGCCUCAGAAACCCUUUUUUUAAAAAUGAUUUGACUAUAAUCUUGGUAUGUUAUGUUGCCUAAGAAACCCUUUCUAAGUUUCUCUUGACUUAGUAUGAAUUUCCACCUUCAAAUGUUUUGUUUAUGAAUUGUAUAUAUCUUACAAGUUAGCGAAUUGAAUGGAGAAAAUAUUUUGAUGAUUUAUUUAUUUAUAUAUAAUUAUCUUAUUAAUAGUUUUCUGUUGUCAUCAAUAACAUGGCAUUGUAAACUUAUUUUUUUAAUUUUUCAUAUACUUGUUUUUAUAUUUAUUUUUUGUUAUGGUGUUUUUCAUUUUUCAUCACUGAAAAUGGAUGUAUGUUGAAUUUAAGUGAUAUAUACUCACAGAACUCAAAUGAGCAUAUUACAUUAUCACCUUGUACGAGGCAAUUGGGAUAGAUUCAAAAACAUUUUAAUCUCCAUUGUUUCUAUUGAGCAAGCUUAUCCUUGUAAGUUAAUAAGAUUUACAAUAUAUAAUUUAAUUGGAAAAUUGUGUAACUGGACAUACAAGUAAAUGACACAUUUUUUGGAGACAUGGAAAAUAUAUUUAAAGAAUAUUAUCAAUAACAAAUUGAGUGACGAAUUAAUAAAUAUAUGAAAAUAAAAACAGAUGUGAUUAAAAAUUGUAUUAAGAUAACUUAAGCAAGAAAGAAGUUAUAACUAUUAGAUCUAAUAAUCAAAAUAUUAUAGAUACACUCAGGGCCAUUGUGUAUUGUCAUGUAAUGUCUUUCAUUUUGAUAUGUAAAUUUUGAAAGUUUUAUCAAAUAAAUUGAUUCAGAAAAACA